CUUUCUCUUCUCCUGGAUUUCUAAAGUCUGCUUUUGUGAACCAGCCCUCUGGUAUGAGGAAGGGUUUAGAUGUUAGUGUUGCCUCAGUAUGAAUGCUGCUGCUUGGUAUGCUGGUUUGUUUUCUCCCUCCCUCACAGAGGAGUUAAUGAGCGUUCUGCUGCUCCCGGGGUUUUGGCACCCAGACACACCUGUCGCUCCUCUACAGUCACACGCCUGUCCUGCACAAGCCCUAAUGGAGGAAGAGCCAAACACCAGUUUAUUAAACAAACACUGGACCUCUCAGUCACCUUGUGGUUCACGGAUCAGGAAACACCAGUAAAACCCAGCAGCCAGCUGCACCCCAGGACACGGAACCUUUGUUAAGUCUGCUUUUGGGUUCAUGCCAGAUUCCUGAUACUACUUCACCUCUCACAUACUCUGUGCUCGGUCAUCCAGAAAGUCACACAGCUGCAGGUGAAAUGGAAAACGACGCUCAGAGUCAUGAUUACCUGGCAGAGGGGCAGAGCCACAAGAAAGACAGGAUUAUCCUGCCAAUAGGAGAAGAUGGAAAGACUAACUGGCCAAUAGGAUUGCAGGGGGCGGCGUCAGACAUGAUUUACACCAUCGAAGAUGUUCCACCCUGGUACCUGUGUAUUCUACUGGGACUACAGCAUUACUUGACAUGUUUCAGCGGUACUAUAGCGGUACCGUUUCUUCUGGCUGAGGCCAUGUGUGUUGGUCGAGACCAGAACACCAUUAGUCAGCUGAUCGGAACCAUUUUCACCACCGUCGGACUCACAACUCUGAUCCAGACCACCGUUGGAGUCAGACUUCCACUGUUUCAGGCCAGUGCGUUUGCUUUCCUGAUUCCUGCACAAGCCAUCCUCGGUCUGGACCGCUGGAGGUGUCCCAGUGAGGAGGAGAUUUAUGGGAACUGGAGUCUUCCACUCAACACCUCACACAUCUGGCAGCCACGCAUCAGAGAGAUCCAGGGGAGCAUCAUCGUGUCCAGUGUUGUGGAGCUUGUGAUUGGUCUGUGUGGGUUCCCAGGUUUGCUGCUGGAUUACAUCGGCCCGCUCACCAUCACUCCAACUGUCUCACUGAUUGGCCUGUCUGUUUUCACCACAGCUGGGGACAGAGCUGGUUCUCACUGGGGCCUGUCAGCACUAUGUAUUUUCCUCAUUGUGCUUUUUGCUCAGUACCUGAGAUCCACAUCACUUCCUGUUCCUGUUUACAGCAGGAAGAAAGGCCUGACCUCCACCAGAGUCCAGAUCUUCAAAAUGUUUCCUAUCAUCCUCGCCAUCAUGUUGGUCUGGCUCGUUUGCUACAUUCUCACUCUGACCGACCUGUUGCCGAAGGACCCCGAUCACUAUGGACACAAGGCCCGGACCGAUGCCCGCGGUGACAUCAUGGCUUCUGCACCCUGGUUCAGAGUACCCUACCCCUGCCAGUGGGGGUUGCCGGUGGUAACUGUUGCGGGUGUGCUAGGGAUGCUGAGUGCCACAAUGGCAGGCACCGUGGAGUCAAUAGGAGAUUACUACGCCUGUGCUCGUUUGUCUGGAGCCACACCCCCUCCAGUCCAUGCCAUCAACAGGGGAAUAUUCACAGAGGGCGUCUGCUGCAUCAUUGCCGGCCUUUUAGGGACAGGAAACGGCUCCACCUCGUCCAGUCCAAAUAUAGGCGUUCUGGGCAUCACCAAGGUGGGCAGUAGGCGGGUGGUGCAGUACGGAGCGGGUAUCAUGUUCCUUUUGGGAUCAAUUGGGAAGUUCACAGCUCUGUUCGCCUCGCUGCCGGAUCCGAUCCUUGGAGGAAUGUUCUGCACACUGUUUGGUAUGAUCACAGCUGUUGGCCUGUCUAACCUGCAGUUGGUGGAUUUGAACUCAUCCAGAAAUCUUUUUGUUCUCGGGUUCUCGAUGUUCUUCGGGCUGACUCUACCGACGUAUCUCGACACACAUCCGAAGUCCAUCCACACAGGUCUUGCAGAACUGGAUCAGAUCCUGACGGUUCUUCUGUCCACUGAGAUGUUUGUAGGAGGUUUCCUGGCCUUUUGUCUCGACAACACGAUACCAGGGUCCAGACAGGAGCGAGGUUUAGUGGAGUGGAGGUCCUCCUCCUCCUCCUCUUCCUCCUAUGAUCUUCCUCUGGGGAUGGGGGUGGUCAGGCGGACUCGUUGGCUCAGACGGUUUCCCAUCAGCCCCACCUUCACAGGUUUCUGGCCGUCUGACGACCUGCCGCCGCCCAACGAGGAGGGACGAGGACGAGGAGGAGAGGAGGAGGAGGAAGAAGCUGCUGACACCAGUACCAAGAUGUGACAUCACCAGUCAGUGUCCACUGAGCAGGGAUCAAACCUGUGACGUCUCUCAGAAAUCCAAUGAAAUGAAAUCAGAGACGUGAAAAUGUUUUCCAGGUGAUGCUGCUUUCACGUCUCCUCGUUCAGACUUUACUCACCAAACAGAAUCCAAUUUUCGACGUGAUGAUGUCAGAGACUCAGUUUGGACCAAUCACAACCAGAUAUUAAGAACAGUGUGCAGCCUCUCUUACCAUGGAAACCAUGAAGAGGACCUCAAGAAACUGAACAGGAGACGCUUUCUUACUUUCAUUUAUUUUGUUUAUGACAUCCAAAAAUAAUCAGUAAUAGUAGUGUAAGAAAAGACACUGUAAAAAAAUCUUCUGUCAGAAA